AUGGGUGUGAAUAAAAGAAAACAGAAAAAUCUUGUACUAUGUUUUGACGGAACUCGUGAGAAUUUUGGCCCUCAGCCGAUCACGAACGUGUUGAAAAUAUAUCAAAUGCUAGAGAAUGAUAACAGUGACAUCCAGGUUUGUUACUAUCAGCCAGGAAUUGGUACAGAACCAGGCUUCGAUCCUGUGAUCGACGUCAGAAGACGAUUUACAACAUCACACUGGAGUAAUGUUACAGAUGCAAUGUUUGCUUCAACUGUUGAUCACCAUGUUGUUUCAGGGUAUGUGUUUUUAAUGGAAAACUAUGAAAAUGGAGACAAUAUUCAUAUGUUUGGGUUCUCUAGAGGCGCCUUCAUCGCAAGAGCCCUCGCUGGCAUGCUAGAAAGAGUAGGACUUCUGUAUCGAGGAUUAAACGAUAUGGUUAGUAUGGCUUGGAGAAUUUACGAAUUAUGGGAGUACGCAGAACAACCUAGUCAGCCAAAUUACAAUGUUACACUUGCAGAUGAGUUUAAGAGGACAUUCUGUCGCUCCCAAGAGGUGCGCGUCUAUUUCCAGGGCUUAUUUGAUUCCGUGAAUUCAGUUGGAAUUUUGAGAGAUAGAUUAUUCCCUUGUACUCAAAGGAGUGGGAUUGUUGAUCAUGUUAGACAUGCUGUCUCUGUGGAUGAAAGGAAGGGAAAAUUUAAGCAGCAAUCCUUUGCGCCUAAUCCAAAUGCUUGUUUGGCGCAUUCGGUAAACACCAAUUCAAAUUAUGACAGCAUGUCAUAUUCAACAUCUCCAAGUAGUGAUUUAGCAGAUUGUGAAACUGGUAUUUUAGAAUCGUCUGAUGAGCCGUCCUUAGCGCCUUCGCAUACUUUAAAGCCGGAUAGCGACGCAAAUGAGCAUAACGCAAGGGCUGCUGCGUCAGGUAAAAAAGAGAGCAAUCUUCUGAAAAGAGUGAAUGAAUUCUUGGAGGAUACGGAACAAUUCCCGCAAACAUUAAACAGCUUGAAGAAUUCUUUUCUGAAUAAGUCACUCACAGAAAAUAGUGGCUCUAAAUCGACUUUAACGCCUGAUCUGGUUGAAAAGUGGUUCAUGGGGGAUCAUUCGGAUGUUGGAGGAGGAUGGGGAGUCGAUUGCAAAACAGGAGACUCGGUAUCCAAUAUGGCAUUACGUUGGAUGUUAUGUAAAGCAGUCGAACAUGGUGUCGUCUUUAAAAAAGAAUCUAUUCACGAGUUUGCUAAAAGAAAUACACCAAUCGGAUCUCUGAUUUCUACAAUUCAUGAUAAACUGAGCUUCAAACAGGCAAUAAAAAUUGAGGCAGUAAAACCUCCUGAAGUCAUUUGUACCGAGGAUUUAGAGGCCGGAAAUGGGCAUUACUUAGCUACUUCUGGUGCAAUUCCGUUCACGAAUAUGCUAAGAGAUUUUUUUAAAUUCAAGGAAACUGAAAUUUUGAGUAAUGAAGAGACCACUAGGCAGAAAUAUAGUUCAAUUUGUGGUGGUAUUAGUAAAUUAGAAACGUUCUUUUGGUGGUGUCUUGAAUUGAUACCCAUCGGGCUCAGGACUGAGAAUGAAAGCGGAAAAUGGAGAAACAUAUACGUACCUAAUUUGGGAAGAUCAAGAUUUGUACCAAGCUAUGCUGAAUUGCAUUGGUCAGUUUUUUGGAGAAUAAAACACGAUAAGAGGUACCGACCCAAAAACUUACCUGCAUAUGCAUACAAAAUCUUGGAAGAAUUUCAGGAUAUAAGUAUUGAUAGUCCAAUGCUACGCGAUUUAGAAACAAUUGCUUCACCUUUCAAGAGUUAUCCGACGCUAUCUGGAACGGAAGAAAGAUUAUUGAAUACAAGUGAAAUCGUAUAUGUAAAGGAUUCGAUUGUUCAGGCUCAGUAUCGCAAAACCAAAAGAAAGCUUUUGGAAUGGGAAUCGGAACAAUGGCUCAAAGUCCCCGAUGAUUUGGAAAAAGUGUUAAAAAGUGAUCCAUUGUUGUGA